ACCGCCAAGCUUUGCUGAUUCGGUAAAAUUGAUAUAGAUAAAGAUUAAAGUGUUUAUAGUACGUUAAUUGCUUUCAAUACUUCAUAUUAUUUUGAGUUAUUAAAUUACUAUAAUUAGUGUGUUGUGAAAAAACAAUCAAUAGAAUGGGCAACAUACACACCGUAGGUCCUAAUGAGGCGCUGAUUGUUUCAGGUGGCUGUUUCGGUUCAACUCAAAAGCGAACUAUCGUCGGUGGCUGGGCAUGGGCGUGGUGUUUCGUCACAGACGUACAACGUAUAUCCCUUGAGGUUAUGACUCUUAACCCCAUGUGUGAGUACGUGGAGACGGCCCAAGGUGUUCCACUGACGGUGACUGGUGUUGCCCAAUGCAAGAUCAUGAACGAAGACGAGCUUUUAACCACUGCCUGCGAACAGUUCCUUGGCAAAUCGGUGAAGGAGAUCAAAAUGACGAUCCUCCAAACUUUGGAGGGACACCUUCGAGCUAUAUUGGGAACUCUUACAGUAGAAGAGGUGUACAAGGACAGAGACCAGUUCGCGGGUCUGGUGCGCGAAGUGGCGGCUCCAGACGUCGGUCGGAUGGGCAUCGAGAUCCUCUCGUUCACGAUCAAGGACGUCUACGAUGACGUGCAGUACUUGGCCAGCUUGGGCAAGGCGCAGACGGCGGUUGUCAAAAGAGACGCGGAUAUUGGAGUAGCACAGGCUAAUAGAGAUGCUGGAAUACGGGAAGCCGAAUGCGAAAAGAACGCAAUGGAUGUGAAAUAUUCAAUGGACACGAGAAUCGAAGAUAACUCUAGGCUGUUCAAGUUGCAGAAGGCUCACUUCGAUCAGGAAGUCAAUACUGCUAAAGCCGAGGCCGCUUUAGCAUACGAAUUGCAGGCUGCGAAAAUCAAACAGAAAAUACGAAACGAAGAGAUUCAGAUCGAGGUCGUGGAGCGUCGCAAACAAAUUGAGGUGGAACAACAAGAGAUUCUACGCCGCGAGGAAGAGUUGAAGUCAACUGUUCGCUUGCCUGCUGAAGCAGAAGCUUACAGGCUACAAGCGAUCGCCGAGGGAAAACGUACUCAAACAGUGGAGGCCGCCAAGGCAGACGCGGAACGUAUCAAGGUGCUUGGUCUAGCUGAAGCCACAGCUAUUGGGGACGUUGGUAAAGCUGAUGCUGAGAGAAUGUUGGCAAAGGCCAGGGUCUACAGGCAGUAUGGAAAUGCAGCCAUCAUGGCUUUGGUUCUUGAAGCAUUGCCAAAGAUUGCUGCUGAGGUUUCGGCUCCUCUAGCGAAGACAGAUGAAAUAGUCCUCGUUGGGGACAAUGGGGCAACUGGGGAAAUGGCCCGACUGGCUGGUGGCAUUCCACCCGCAGUACGAACACUUACUGGCCUGGAUAUCAACCAGGUGUUGAAGAGACUUCAUCCGAGUGCACCAGAUGCGUCUCCAAUGGCAGCAGCCAGUAAGAAGAAAGAAGUGGCAGCUUGCUAAAACUCUUCGUAUGUCUAAACUGCACAAAGCAUUUUUAUUUAUUUAGUGAUUAUCGUACAAAAUAAUAGCACAGUAUUAAAUACUUUGAUUUCCAAUAUAAUUGAAAUUCCAUUUAUUGUGCUAAGCGUGGAUUUUUUCUUUUUAAUUUCUUUAUGGAAAUACUUUUCAAGUAAAAAAGUGAAUAGUUCUGAUGUCUUACUAUCCACGAGUUUGUAUUUAUUUUAACUACUCAUGUUUAGUGAAAAUAUCUAAUGUAGAGUUGAUUUAGGAGCUUAUGGUAGACUAAAAAUUUUAUUAAAAAAAAAAAUGUAUGAAAAAUUCCAUAACGUUUUUUAUAAUUCACGUUUGGCACUUAGGCAAUCUGUUUAAUAGAACAAAUUAUUUUUAUACAAUUUAUAUUCUUAAUAUAUUUUUCUCGUAGUUCUUAGAUACUGUAUAUGAACCAGUAGAUUUUGUACUGUUAUCUAAAGUGUUCUUAAGGCACUGCCUUUAAAAUCGAAUAUUACUAUCACAGUGUGUUUAUGAAUUUUGAAUUGUCCUAGUGCCUGUACAUAUCAGACACGGUAGAAUGUUCAUCAGUCUUUGUUGUUGAUGACGAAUUCUGUUUCUACCGAGUCAAAUGAUUGUGAGGCGUUGACGUGAGAUUUUUUUCUUGAAAUAAAGAGGUUUAACUCAAAACGCUGCUCUGUUACUCCCAAUAGCGAUAGCCAUAGUGAUAUCAAUAUUGUGGACUUACUACAUUUUAAAACAUCCCAAUCGCUAUUGAAAGUAACAGAAUACCUGCGCAUUUAAUAUAUUUCCAGUAACUUUGCUUGACUUAUACUCCCUCAAGGGAGCUUCAGAGUCGUGACAGAUUCUGACCCCUAUGUCAAAUAGUAUUUAAUUUUGAUGUCAGUUCUGGGUAAGUCUUGACACUUCAGGACUCUUGAAGUCCCGUCAAUUCGGAAUAUCCUGGUAUAUUGUUUAAAGUACAGUUUCUAUCGUACUUCAGUAAAUUUUGUUUACCACAGAGCCAAUCGUUGCGCAGUCUAGCGCCAUUUUGGGUCUGUACCGCAAAAUGUCGUCGCUAAAUUGGUUUCUGAUUCUCUUUAUUUCAAUGAAGGCAAUGUCUACUAUUAGUUGUGUGUUAUUUGUGCCAUAUAUUUAUGAAAUGUGUAAUUUUCGUAAUAAAGUGACUAUAUAU